UCCGAUUCCGUCCCGGUCACAGAAGAUCCCACGGCUGACAUCGAAUCGAGAGCGUCGACCGCUCUCCAGAAUUAUCCAGUACCGCCGGCCUCACCGAGCCUUACCGUAGGUCUCCAUCUCCGCAGUUUAAAGAAAGGAAGAGCGUCUUCUCCGUCUUUCCUACGUUUUCGGUACUGGAAAAGAGGGAAGCAAAGCUUGUUGUUGAAGCAGCUGUGAAGCAGCUGGAAGCGUCCCUGUCUCUCCGUGAUAAGCGAAGAGGUGAUAGAAGAAAGGGUUCUUGAGCUUCUUGCGAUUGUCGUCGUCGUUGGAUGUGAAGAGGUGCCUCAUGGCCGUGGUUACCGGCAGAACGAGCUUGCUGUGUUCGGACCGUCGAGCCCGGGGCGGCGGAGACGGCGCGCCCGGGUUUUGCGGGAGCGGCGAGGGCCAGAGGUUCGCGAGGUUCCAGGUGAGGCCGGGUCCUCCGUCGUCGAGAUCGACGAAGCAUCUGGUGCUCGGAUCGCCGUCGAUCUCGUGGUCGAGGAGUGGUCUUCACGGCGGGAGGAUCGCCGCGGGCCGAAUCGAAGCCGUGCCCAAGAGAGGGGCUGCUCUGGGGUUCCGCGUCAAUUCGCAGCAGGUGCGAGCGGAACUCAAAGGUGUUCUUCGAAUUGGGAAAGCUCACAAGUGGUGGGAGAAAGGGGUGCAGCCGAACAUGAAGGAAGUGAAAGGCGCGCAAGAUCUCGUGGAGUCGUUGCUGAAUGCUGGGGACAAGCUGGUCGUCGUCGAUUUCUUCUCGCCCGGUUGCGGCGGGUGCAAGGCUCUGCAUCCCAAGAUAUGCCAGUUUGCCGAGACGAACCCGGACGUCCAGUUCCUCCAGGUGAACUACGAGGAGCACAAGUCCAUGUGCUACAGCCUCGGUGUCCACGUCCUGCCCUUCUUCCGAUUCUACCGAGGGGCUCACGGCCGGCUUUGCAGCUUCAGCUGCACCAACGCCACGAUCAAGAAGUUCAAAGAUGCAUUAGCCAAGCACACCCCAGCGCGGUGUAGCCUCGAGCCAACAAAAGGUCUGGAAGAGAAGGAGCUUCUUGCGCUCGCAGCCAACAAAGAGCUGUCCUUCAACUACACACCAAAACCAGUUCAACCUGUGCCGUUGCCUGCGGAAGAAGUUACCGUAGAACCAACACCGUCCCUUCCAGGCUUUCCUCUUCCUCUUCCAUUGGGCGCUCCCAAGUCUGCUCAAGACAUGGAUGAGAAAUCUCUGGUCACGUCCGGGAGAUGAUGAGUUCAGCUUUAUCAAGCGACCAAAUUCUCUCGAUCCGCCACUCCCAAUGUACAGCAACCCUCCUUACGCCAUCCGUAGUGUAUCUAAGAUAGUGUGUGUAAGCGUUCCUAGGAUUUGCAGGGUGUCUGGAUCUGGUUUUUGCAAUCCUAGCCCCUGCUGUUGUUCCAGUGAGAACUUUGAUGAGUUUGUUUUCUUCUUCCUCCUCUAUAGAAGAUUAAGUGAUUACCGUUUUUGUCAUCCGGUGGCGAUUGACGCUCCGUUAUAUAUGGCAGUAACUUGGUCAGCAUCAGAAAUUCACAGUGACAUCGUUCAGUUA